AUGACAAAAUAUGACAGCCAAGGAGUUCCAAUUCUGGGAUUUGAUAAUCCUGCGGGGACAAUUCUUUAUCCUAAUGGUUUAUACUCCUACUCCAUUGGAAACACCAGAGCAAGAGACAUAUCAGAACUCUUAGGAACUUCGAAGAAACAACACUUAGACUUGCUGGUUUUAGCUUCGGGGGAUGUGAGAAAUAUUUUGUUCACCGUGUCUGAAAUUUCUUUGAAAAAAACUCGAGAUUGUCCCAAGAGUUUAAGUUUCCAUUUAAACGACUACGAUCCGUCGGUGGUUGCUCGAAAUGCGAUCUUGCUCGAAGUAGCAGGUUCGAUUAAUACGAGUGUAUCAGGAGAUAUUGAUUUUUUAUGGAAUAUCUGGUACAACAUGACGCUGUCUGCAGCACACUUUCUCAGACUACGACAAGUUAUUUCAGGAUUGAUCGAGAAGAGUUUUGAUGGCAGCGAGAUGACUGUUUUAAAGUUUCAAGAUAGCGCUGCCCUUAAAGAAUGCCGUGACAUUUGGAAGGACUGGCUGACGCUUGACCCCAACGUAAAAAGCGUCACAGAAGAAAGAAACAAGUUUAUGGAAGAUGAGAUGCAAGCGAAAGGCUCUAAAAUGAAAGAUCACUGCUUUGGGGUUGUAUCGAAAAUCUUGAUGGGGGUAGGAAAAGAAAAAGGAGGUGAAGACGUGUUUCUACCGGAAGGGAUAUUUUCAAGUCAGUUUUACACGGAAGUUGAGCGUUGGUUCAUAGAGGGUUCCACAGGUGAUGAAUCAGAUAAAGUGAAUCCGACUUUGAUUCGCCCAUUUGUUCACAAGUGGAAGCAGCAUUAUGCUGCGUGUCCUUUUGAUGGCUAUCUCCCGUUUGAAAAGUGAGUAGAGACUGUAGAGAGCCUUGUCAGUAUUCCUUGCACUCGAGACAGAACGUUAAAUGUUGAUAUUCCUUAUCUUUGGUUUGUCGAGUCGUGUUUUUUCAUGCAGAGGCCGGCUCCUUCUGAUGAAUUGCCUUUUCAUAAGUGCAAAGAGAUCUAGCUUUACUGAUCAAGAUUGCUUUUAGAAUACGACUUCAGCUUUUUAAUACUAUUCAAGAGCAAAGAGAAAGUGGUGAGAAUAGAACACGCAAGAUCCCGGAACGUCGUCUCUUGCAAGAAGGCUGACCAUCUGUGAAAAUUUUAAAACGUAGUAACUAGUAUCGCCGAAGUUGCCCGAGUAAAAUAUGCUACGCGAGAGAGAAAAAGUCAUCGCUCUCCGCGUUUAUUUUCCACUGCCAGUAUUUUGUGGGCACAGCACAGCAAACAUCCAUUGCGUAAAUAAUAUGACGCAAUAUUUCUUUUUUAUCAACAAAUACUGAUUUUUAACUAUUAUUUUUUCUAUUUUGAUUUAUUAAUGACAUCAUGGAGGGUCGAAUGCCAAUCGCUUAUUUAUAUAAAUAUUAGUUAUUUAUUCUUAUUUUUACUAUCAUAUAAACACACGAUCAUGAUGACGAUGAUGAUGAUAAAAUUUGCGCGAUACGUAUUUCUAGUGAUAAAUAUGCCUUUAUAAUGCGGCUCAUGGCUAUUUGACCGCAUGUGCAUUACAUAACAAGUACACAUUUAUUAACGAUCUUUAAGUAACUAAUUUACCUCCUUUUUAUUUAUAUUCAAUUAUUUAUCAUUUGUUUUUCUUAUUAUCAUCAUUUUUUUGAGUUAAGGAAAAGUAGCAAAAGUCCCGCUGUCUUAGUACUUUUGCUCUCGUAUUUACUUCGUUGUUCUUUUGUAGGCAAGAGCUACUUCGAUGUAAAACGCUAACAGCUACUUGCAAAGAAAGCCUAAAGAUUUUAGUUAAACGCUACCAACAGUACAAGAACAUCCAAUCAACGUCUAUUAAGGCAAGCUACUCUCGUGCUUCUUUUUCACUUUUUAUUGGUCGGUUUUUUUGGUUGUCUUUACUUGAGAUAAUAAGUUUACAGGGCAAACAAAAAUAAACAAAUCAACAGUGAUGAAUAUAAAUGCAAUUAGAACAUGAUUUUAGUCUUUUGUCCUCGAACAGUAAAAAGUUAACUCAAGUUUCAAAUUCAAAAGUUUUCGUAUAUGUAACUGAUGCAUCUAACCUUUUAUCUAACUGUUUUCUAAGAGAAAUUACCUCACAAAUUUUAUUAAACUAUUCAUUUGACUCUUUUUUUUCUGUUCAGGGAUUGAUUUGUGGUCUCAUAUUCAUUUAAAGGUAAUCUUAUGGACUGGUGAUGCUCUAUCUUUGUGUACAAGUGUUUUACCUCCAGACCAGACAUUCGAUGUUAUUGAUACCAGUAACGUUGGCGACCAUAUUGGCCUGCUAAAUGUCCUCGUUUGUUGUGUCCCAAGACUGAAAAAGUACGUUUACAUAUCCAGUAUUAUUCACCUUUCACCAUUUACCCUUUUUUUGCAUUAUAACUAUUUUUAUUUUACCACGACAUUUAAGGGACAAACUUUCCAUUGUUUGUUGGAUGGUAAGAAACGAAUUUUCUACUGUUCUCACUUAGCGAACAACAAACCAUCUAGGGCCUAAUAAAGAUUGCUGGCUACAGUAAACUGUGAAUCACAUUCGCAGAUAAAAUAUGUUAUUUCGAACUAAGUGGCAUCUAAAAGUGAUUAUAGCUGAGCUCUCUCGCGCGCGCUGCGGAGCACCGUGGGUGGGAAAAUUUGGUUAUCUGUGCAUCCGAGAAUUUUUGUCCGCAUCACAGGCAUACCAAUGUAAAAUAACUCAAUCAACAGGUAUGCCAACCCAAAUGAAACUCGACAUUUUUUUUGCCGGAACACUGCAUGGCCAACCGCGUCUUAUGAAGCAGAGACAAUUAAAGAGUCAACAAAGAUCACAUGGAAAGCGGAAAUUAUUUCUAUAUCAGUGUUGUCUAAAGUAUUAAGCUUAAAUUAAUUGUCAUGUCCACAAGACAGAGAAAAAGAGAAAGUAGGCGACAGGCUAGAGAAGCUCAACGGAAAAAGAGCGACAAAGAGCUAGAGCGAGAGAUAAAAAACAAAAAGGAGACGAAUUUCGUUGGAAGAACAACAUGAAAAUUUUAUACCGGCAGUGAGUAAAUGAGAGAUGCUAGCGGCCUUCAAGGUGAAAAUGAGCGGCAGUGAAAUGAAAAAAGCGAACAGGAACACAAAUAACAAAAUUUUUUGUAAGCACAACGACAUUUUCUCCAUAGUACGUGUUAUUUGGAAGUUUCACGUUGCAACAACAACAGCAAAGAACUAGCUUGACCAACUUGUUGGAUUUUACUAAAACAAUUCAUGAUUCCUCAGAGCUCAUUCGGGCUCGAGGAAUAAUUGCUAAAAUAUGAUGAUGGGACUAGUUACAGAUCGUUUAGAAUGUUAAUUGUAUACCUAGGCCAAACAAGUCGCUCUUGUAUACCUCAAGCAUGUUAUGGAGUAGCUGUCAAAGUAUUGACGAGUUUUACGACAAAUCUAUCGGUGUUCCAGUGCAACUUCUUCCAACUGUCCUUGGUUUGAAGCUGGCUGUUGAUCUAGAGCUUGGUAGCAGGUAUGUUAGACGGAAUUUACGUUAACAUCCUUUUAUAUAAAGAUCUUCGCUUUGCGUGCGGAAGAGAGGUUACCCGGGUUGUUUGUGUAAAUGUUAAGCACCCCCGGUGUUAAAAUUCAAACCCCGGAUUUCUUUUUCCACUAUAUUUUUCUUCUUGUUGUAGUAAACUACCUGACAGCAUGAUGACCUCUGAAGAGAUUCUCUGUUGGGUAAAAGCGGAGCCCAAGAGGACUUUGCUAUCAACAGGUUAGGUUACAUCUAAGACCUGAAAUGGGGGAUUGGAAGACUGGUUGUUGAUCGCGUACGUCAGAACGCAUCCUAAUCUGGUGUUCCUGUGGCACCAAGGCAGACAUUUUCGAGUAAUCAGGGGACGGGCGACUGGAAAUUAGCCGCCCCCAUUAAUGUUAUCAGGGGCAUCUCGGCCGGGAAACUGGACUCCUUUCGACUCGAUUUCCUUUCUGUAAGUGACCAACGCGGAUCCGCAAUCAAUGAUUAACUCUAGUUUAAUAUAACUCUGGAACAGUUUGCGGAUGGAACGUGUUGUACGAUCCAAACUCAUUCAAACGAUCUUAACUGAGCCAGACGUCUCAACUUAACUCACACUAAGUUAUAAGAUAUCUUCAUGGAAGUUCUAUUGGUGCAACUCCUGAGAAUUAAUAUUUUUUUCUAUCCACCCACUACGCUGUCAAAGGAAAAUAAUAUCCGUUCAAAACGAAACUUGAAACUUUGUAACAACUGUUAAGAGUUCUCACUUUACAUCAUGUUAAAGCGUCACGUGUUGGAAACACAUUAGCUUUGACUACCGAAUAUUUCCUGCGCAUCAAAGUUUCAUUAUCUCAGCCUUUCUUUCAACAAUUAUGGUUAAACGUUGUCUUAAGGACAACCUGUUUAGCGCAAUAUCGAUCGACCGUACCUGUACUAUCUGCAGCCAGCUGUUUACAGCUGCGCCACAGGACUUUUAAGUUUGUCCGGUAGACACAAUAAGUAGACAAGAAACAGAAAUGUUAAGAAAGUCCUUUUGCUUUUUUUUUGUCUUUGUUUCGUUUGGAAGUAGUCGAGGAUCGUGCUUAUGGUAACCAGGGGAAAUUUCCUGGUCCCCGGCCUUAGAGAAAAAAGCCCUGGGGGCAGCCCAUCCUAUAGGGGCCGGAUUCGAUGGCUGUACAUUGCGGGCACCAUUUUGCACCCUGCCAUGCCGAAAAGUAAUCCAUUUUAAGACAUCAGUUUGAUUGUAGUUUUAUUUGCAAUCGCAGGGGAAAAUGGCGACAUUAUUGAUGCCUUGCUGUGCCUUGCUGAGCGAUGCUUCAACAUAUCGAAAGAGAUUGAUAGUACAUAUGGGGCAACUGUUUCCUCGCCGUUGACUUUCCUCAGAAUUAUUCAUCAGAUACAUCCUCUUUUCAGAGGUGGAGGUAAGAAUUACUUCCUGGAGAAAUGCAAUGUGAUGUGAUGUGAUGGUUCUGUACGUUGGUCAGGAAGUGGAGUGCAAAAAUUUGGUUUCAUUAAUUUUAAAAGUUUAUAGGAUGUAAAUUGGUCACAGUAAAUGAAAGCUGACGUAUUUCAUGAGAGUGAAGCAAGUAUUUGUGAGUUUUGUAUGGUUUUCAUUUAGUGGUGGAGAUACGCUAUUGGUUGAAACAUUGUAGGGAGCUGUAAGGUGUUAUACAGGUUUUCGGAGACCAUACCGAUAUUUUUCAAUCACCUGAAAAGCGAUUUUAUCCUUGCUCGAUCGCUAUACAAUUUUCAUUAGUGAUUGACUAUGAAUUGAAGUUUGUCAAAAUGAGUUUUUAUCAAAAUCGAUAUCACCAUGGCUACAAUGAACGAAAAACUUUGAAAUCGAUAAAAACCGAAUUUUGCGCGAUCUAGACCUGCAAAUGAAAAUCCGACACCAGGAAUUUAAAGUCUGGUGUUUAGCAACUUAACCUUCGUGAGAAGUAAAAAUUCUGUACUUUUGAAUUCAAAUAAAACGUAAAUCUAUUUCAUACUUAUUUGUAGCCGUGAUAAAUUGUUUAACAAAAAAGUUCCAAAUAACUCAAGUUAAUCUUAAGCAGCGUCAGAAUACUGCUUAUUAUCAUCUUUCAUUGCUGGGAAAUUUUGGUGUAUUUUCUUUCCUGCGAUCCUGAAAACUAACCUGUUAUCUCACCACGCGUCUAAGUGCAACUUUAUUCUAAAUUUUGACUGGUAUGGAUCUCUGUACGGUAAAUUUUCCAAUGUUCGUCUGCGUUGUUAAUUUACUUUAUUCUAGCAACCGCCCUUUUCAAUGCUCUUGAAAGUAAGCUACCACUUGAUUUCAAGAAAAAGUUUGGUCUUUCGUGGAAUUUGGUGAGGGCAUCAGUUGGAAGGGAACGAGGUAAGAUUAAACAUUGAACAAAUUCAGUGAAAUUGGAAUAUGGAGAUAGACGAAUGAGAACAUACCUCGUUAACUGGUUGAAAGAAGAAAAGAAAGUCUGAGAUGAGUUAAGAUGACAACAGCUGUUGAAAGUCACUACUUUUGUAUGGACAUACAUUUAAUUGGAAUUACGUUGUCAUAGAAGAAAGAAUAAAAACCAAAUGAGAAUGAAUUAAGAAUAUAAACCAUUUUUAUAAAUGUCUGAAACGACUAAUGUUUUCUUAGGGGUUACUUGAUAGUUGAUAGACAAAACUGGAGACGCUAGCAAUAUAGUAUCGUGCACCGGGCCGCAUGUAAACGGCGACGUAUUCAGCUGAAGCUAAGCUAAUCAUUUCCUCUUUUAUUAAUAACAAGGUCAUUGAAAUCAACCGAGUUGCACAAUACAAAACGUUUCCCAAAAUGACAGUUCAGACACGUUUGGUAACUUACUGACGCGAGGGAAGAUUCUUUUUGUUAACAACUGAGCUGGCUACAUUGUAAGGCAUGUUUCUAAAGAGAAAGUAUUAUUGACUUUAUUUUCAAGCAUGGUACUGAGUUUGAUAUAGUCAAUAUACUUUUUUCUUUCCUUUAGAGCCUAUUGUUGAAAUAAAAGUGGAAAGCUCAAUAUCAGUUGCACCUGGAUACAAAGGAACACCUAUUCUGACGGCUUGCAUUAAAAAAGAAGACAGACCUUUUGAAGAGAGGGAAUUUCAAGUAAAUGCUUUUGAAAUUUUCUGUUCAACAAGUAUAUUUAUGUUUUAACUUUGGGUUUCAAAAUUUUGGAGAGUGAAAAAGGUUGCUCACUGCUUUACCUCAGUCCGAGAAUUACAACAACAUUUACAUAGUUUAGUUCUCAUGAAAUAAUUUCUUUUGUUAUUUUCAUUUGUUCUUCGUUGUUUCUUUGGCCCCUUUUUCGUUUUUUUCUAACGCCUGCCAUUUUUCUGUGCUUAAGUAUCUUCCACGCAUUAAAAAGUAGUCAUUAGCAACAAAAAUUACCUUGUUAUAGCUACUUUGUAACGCAGUUCUUGAUUGUUAUAGUGGUUUUUUGGUCUACCUCUGCCAGUGGAAGAGACAUUGUCACUUAUUUACAACAGUGUACGAUAUGACGACGCCGCUAGCCUGGUGACAUUCCAUCUUCGAAAAAAGGACUGGGACGAGCUCAAGUCAAAUUCAGCCAGGAUGUGGAUUGCCUCUAGCGACCUUCUUGCCCCAGUCAUACAACGUGACACAAUUUUUCUUGACGGUGAUCGAGUAAAAGCAGUUGAACAGAUUGAUCCUGUAGAUAAAUUUGGUCUGUUCGCUGUGCAGACAUUCGACGUUGAAUUGUCCGGGGAUUGUGAAAUUCUAAAGGUAAAUUUUUGAUACCAAACCGAGAAAAAGCCUAGGAAUUCGCCAAAAUCUACCUAUCCUGCGUGUGCAAUUUCUGGGAACCAAUUCCAGCUAGUUUAAUGCCAAAGUUACUGAUGUAGACACCACAAAUUAGGCAACCAAAGACAUAUACCUGGCGGGUACUCGCUAAGAGUCGAUUUACGUACGAAUGCUGCGUACAGCAGAUUCGCUCUCCCCGGGGGUACAUGGGUCAGGGGGCUGGCUGCAACCUCUCUCUGGGUUUUCGCUGUUACAGUGUUAUGAAAAGAGAUUAUUUAUCCGGUGGGUAGCGUUAUCCACCUUUCAAACAACUGGGCUGACACCCAGAAUUAUUUGCUGAGACGAAGUAGACAGAAUCCCAAUCCACGUGAAGUAGCGCAGCUCAUUUCGAACAGCUCUAAGCUACAAAAAAAACCCCUCUAGAUCUGAUCAUAGUUUAUCAAAGGAGCUAUGUCACGAAAUUCGAAAGGUGCAACUGUCUCCAAAUCCCGGGGGGGAGGGGACUGCCAUAUAUGGGCUAUAUAGGUACGUGCCGUUGUGAAGGGUAUGGUUUUCAAGCGGUUUACUCUGGGAUAGGGUAAAUAAAUCAGAGAGUUUGGGUCUAGAAUAAGGUAUCAUUUUCCAGAAAACUGAUCAAUUGGUUGACGAUUUUAGUCUAGACUAGGGAAACCGGGAAUUGCCACUCAAAAAUCAGUAAAAAAAAAAAUCGGCAAGUUUAAAUUUACGCAACUCAUCCUAAAAGCUACUCUAGGAUAGGCGGGGGCUAGUAUAGGGUAGCAAAAUUCAGCUGAAAUAGCACCGGUAUAGACUAAGGUUUCCAAGGUCCCAGCGGCCCAUCCCCACUCAAAAAUUCUUGAAGAACCCACCAGGCUCCAAAUUAAUUAAAACAUAAAAAUAACAUUAAAGGAAUCGAAGGUUUAAAUAACAGCACAACAAGUAGAAAAGAAGGCACUGAUAGACAAACCUGAAGAAGAUUACAACAAAAUGCAAUUGCCAUUUUGAAACUUUGUUAGCCUCGAACAUUUUAUUCAAGGGUUUCAUUCUUGUUGUUUGUAACGUCUGAUAAAAUGCUUCGGGAGAGAUAUUCGUUUGAUACAAAGUUGUGAUUUUGUCUUUUACUACUGAGUAAAUGGUUGGCUUAUGUCGAGUUCCCAAGUCCUUAACAAAUAAAGACGCGUCAUAGGCAAUAUUAACCCAAUGAACUAGACAGCUGUGACACAGUCCCUUAAGGUGAUGUUGCAAUAUUGUUGCGACAAUGUUUUGAAUGGCUACAACAUUGCUCCAACAUUGCAACGCUGUCCUGCCGAGUUGUCCUUAGUCUGCUACACAGCCGUUUUUAGUGUCGUCACGCAAUGCUCCUCCCCACUGGAGUGGGGAGGAGCAUUGCGUGACGACACUAAAAACGGCCGUGUAGCAGACUAAGUUGUCCUGUGUAGGAUCACCUUUAAGGGUUCCUGCCAUGAAAUAUUCUUUGUCUUUGUUGCUAGGUUCUAAAAGUCGAGGAAAACAGGUUUUCAUACCUUGCAGAACUUGAAAUUGUGGAUUCGGUUCGAUGUAAAGCUAAAACAAUGAAGACUUGUUUUGAGCCUGUCAUUUGUCCAAAUAAGGUGACUAUAUACUUCCAAGCGGCCGAAAGGUGAGUAUAUGGGUUUUAAAGCACAAUGAAAAUAUUCUCAAUUUUCUCUGGUACCUCUCUUUGCCGUUUUUAUCGUCCGCCCUUUCAGUUCUCUUUGCCGCUGUGUCUCUGAGGUUGGUAUGUAGAUGAGAGUAAAAAUAGAAGCCAUGACUGUUUCGCCCCAGGCCUCUCCUUAGUUAUUUUAACGACGGGUAGCAUAUGCUCGACAUCUCUUUGCCCGAAUAAUAAUAAUUAAUUUUUACCAUUAUUCUUGCAGGGAAAAAUGCAUCAUGCACUUUUCUUGUGCAGUUGAUGAGAAUUCAACGAGGUUUCAAAUUUCACGAAAGCAAGGAAAAGUCACUUGCAACAUUCCCAAGAGAGAAGAGGGAACUGUCGGUGAACUGGUUAUUCAAUGCCCAGCAACAAUACCCUUUCACGUCUUACCAUUAUGGGAUGGCAAUUUGAGGGACUCAAUUGCAAUGUAUGCAUAUCAAUAACAGCAUUUUUUAGCAAACGCACGCUGAACCUUUGUUAUCGUUUUUUCUAUAGCUUUUAACUCACGAAAUGACCCUGGUUGAGGGUAUGGUUUUACAGCUAACAAUCUUUCAAAAUUGCUUUUUCAUCCGAGCGAACUGGGUGAUGCCUCAAAAAAAAAAAGCUUUAUUAAACAGAGUAUUGCACAGUUUGGUCAGUUUUGAGGCGAAGUGCCUGAAGUGCUGCGCAAGUUUCAUACGAGACAAAAGUUGAUGCGAUCCUUUUCGUACCAUUCAUAAGAAAUGGUAAACAUGCAGCGUGCAACCAUCGCGUUAUGGCCGGAUAAACGUGGGAGGUUGCUAAGUACAAAAGGAGCGUAAAAAGGUUUUACGCGAUCCCUUCUCUUCGCGGUAAUAUUUUCAGUUUCAAAGCACCAUUAUAUUAGUAGUAACCAAAGGUUAGGGAGUGCAGGCGACAACGAUCGGAGGUCCAAACGCUUUUGCUCCAACGCCGUGCUUUGCGCAAGUUUCACGUGACAGAUGGUCAAGUUUUCGAGGGGUAAAGGUCGAAACGCGCGUGAUCAAAUUGCGUUUUGUGCAUUCCAUUCAUUCUUAGUGAAAGUCCGAACGAAUGCUGGCUACAUACAUGCGACGCAUGCGUAAUAACAACCUGGAGAUUAGGAUUGCGGUCUCCUCUUGUCGCCUGCAAUAAUUCAUUCUGGUAUAAUGGUUUCAUUUUGAGGGCGGGUGUCGUGACCCCAGACCCUCCCCCUGGAUUUGCCAGUGAUGGCACACCACUAUUUUAGGAACUAUUCAAUUCGGCUUUUGUAUAAUAUGAACAAUUAUGCAGAUUAAGCGGUAUGUCGGCCGAGGCUGAGAACACCCUUCAAGAUCUGCUUCGUUCUUCAAAACAUACGCCAAGCAUGAAGUUUGACAAUGUUGAACACUAGUUGGUAUAAACAAUUAUCUACAAUGAAGGAAAUUUAAGCCAAUCAGAAAUUUAAACUGAGAAAUAGUUUGAAUGAGUAAAAAAUAUCAAUUAUCAUACAAUACAGCGUAGCAUACCAGACAAGCGGACAUACAAGAUCAUCUUGUAUCAUCUCUUUUGCUACUUGAGUAAUUUAACUUUCUAUUUUUAUUUCAGAAUCUGUGGUAUGAUGUUUCGUACCAGGCUUGACCAAGAACUGAAGAUGCAAAACUCGAGUGGUUCGCCAUUUUAUGACCUGAGAGAGAGCAUUUCAAUGAUUCUAAAUGGGCAUGUGAAAGAGCCACAGGUUCAACUAGCAAAAUUCUGUGCCUUCCUUUUAUCACUGUCUAUUCCAUGCGAGACAACUUAUUCUACUGACAAAUAAAUAAUUUCGAGACGAGGACGACUAAGAAAGAGAACGAGUCGAGUUUUUUUUCUUUUUUUAACGUUGCCAAGUCCUCACUGUAUUAUUAAGAAACUUCAUAGGUUUGAAUUACCGUUCAGCAAUUGUUGCAAAUAAACCAGUUCAGGCUCGCGAACACUGAAAGACCUCAAAGGUUAGAUCAUUAUUCAUAAAACCGUAAAUUUCUCUUUUUCUGUUGUACCCUCUAAAUAUUGCCUGUUUCCUUUCCAUUUCCUGAAAGACUCCCAAGGUUUAUUGUAUUGAAGAACUUGGGACUAUUCAAGAACCAUACCAAACACCGGACAACCUAGCAAAGAAAAGAGGAUUUAUCCUCAAAGUACUGGGAUUGUACAAAUGGAAGAACGUGCCUGUCGCCAAAGUUAUCUUCUAUGACUGUGAAAAGUAUGCUCACCAGAUUUGUGAUGAAAGCACAGGCUCACGAGUUAUGAGCUCCUUCUGGUCUGUGACUUGGUUAAGCAAGGUGGAGAGAAUUCUCGCUAACCAACAGGUGGGUUGCGGUAUAAGAUUUGUACCCCUAACUUAGUAAAUAAGUUUUUACUCGAAAUUCUUCUUACUGCAUUGGGGCUACGCCUCGUGCAAUAUUUGAGUUUCUCGUUCAUGUCUUUAUUUGCCGGUGAAACAUUUAGUUCAGUCACUGACUCUUCAUUACUGCACACAAAUGGGUUCAGGCUAAGAAGGGGAUGUGGAAUUAGCUUCCCUCAAGAUUAAUGGUACCCUGAUAGCAGAGUCGCUUCGAUCUUUCCUAGAUAGGUCGGGAAAAAUAUCCAGGAAGAUCGAAGGAGACUCUGUUUGCGGGGUAGAUUGUAGAAUCCAGCAACUUGUGUAGUGUCGGAUCGGGGUGCGGAUUAAACGAACCAAACACCAUCCGGCAUGCUGAAUGGGAAGUUUCGAUUUUCUGCAAAGUGUGAAAAGCACCUGCUGAGCCUAAACAAACGCAAAUUUUGUGUACCAAAUCAAGGGAAGCUUCGCACCUUAAAAGCUCUCUUUCCAUCUCCCAUUUUACUGUGGGCCAACACUUACUUACUUACACCAACACUUUCACAGGAGAAGAGCUUGUUUCGUAAGUUGUUGUACACAAAUGCAGCUAGAGUUACUCAGGAUAAUGGUUCUGAUGUGUGGAAGGAUUCAUUUGUUUGUCCUCUAUUUCCCAGAGAACGUACAGUAUUCCAGUCUGGUGGUAAGUUUAAAUAAGGCUAGGAACCAGAAGAUUGUUCACAAUCCCUUAGUCUUUCGUAGGAUCUUCGGGAUCAAGCAACUCCCCUUAAGUGUACUGAGUCUAGCCUGGGGACGAGUAUCAAAUCUAUUUAACGGGAGGGGACGGUUUGGAAGGAGGAGAGAAAUAGAUUUUUUCCCCCUCCCUUCCCGUCCCACUGCUAAGAACCCUGGGACUCGCCUCCUUGGUACACUUGAAACCAACGCAAAACGUUCGAUCUCGACUAUCUUACGGGAUAAUAGGAGACUGUAAACAGUCUACGGAGUCAGCACUAUUCUGUGCUCUUUGAGUGCUUGAUGACUGUGUAGCCUUUCAGGGAAAUUAAAGUUUUCGAAACAUUUCAUUCAUAUUUUAAAAGGCGAAGUAAGGAAAUACCUUGAACAUUUGUUGCUUUCUAGUGUCAGUUCUGUUAUUGAAACAAAAAGAGUAAACAUUUCAAUUUAAUCAUGAUUCUAACUGCAAUAUUUUCUCCUUGCGUCACAGAAAAUUUGGAGGAGCUCAUGCGGAAACUUUCCUCCAGUCAUUUGUAUAAUACUGCGGCAAGACCUGCUGAACACGAAGUUUCCCCAGACGACCCCUUUGAGUUCCGUACUGGCUUGUUACAGGGUGGAAUGGACCCCUUUUUCACAGAGCCAGAUCGAGGAUCUAAUUUUGGCUUUCCGCGCUGGGCACCUCCUCUUGAGGAACCAGAAUGUGCUUUUUGCCAUUCGAACACAGGCGAUCUUAAGAGAUGUUUGGGCUGCAAGAAAGUGUUCUACUGCGGAAAGCAAUGUCAAACACAGCACUGGAAAGAGCACAAGAAGAGAUGCCAAAAAUAA